UGACAGGGAUGCACAGCAGUUGUACUCUGACGGACUUUGGGUUCUCACUGGUCCUGUAGUCAUGAUGCUUGCUGGCUUCCUCUUUCUGCUCCUCCUCACAGGAGAAUCGUCCAAUGACAGCUGCAGCUAUAGAAACCUUUUUAUGCAUUUGUACCCUGAAGGUAAGGUGCAGAACACCAUGACCCGGCCUGUUAAAAACCACACAACACCCACUCAAGUAACUCUGGAUGUACUCAUCUAUGCCAUCCUAGAUAUGAACGAGAAAGAUCAGAAAUUUAUUUCGUACGUUUGGAUUGACAUGCUUUGGCACGAUGAGUACAUUUCUUGGAAUCCUGAGGAUUUCUGUGGUAUUGAGAACAUUACAAUCCCUACUAAACAAUUGUGGACACCAGACCUAACCAUUGAAGAGAUGACAGGGAAGGACAAGGCCUCUGCGAGUCCUUAUGCAAUUGUUUACAACUAUAGUGAAGUCUGGCUUAGGAAUGACAUGAUGGUGGUCAGCAUCUGCAAGAUGAAUGUUUACAAAUUCCCCUUUGACAUUCAGAGCUGCGACCUCUCCUUCAAGUCUACCAUAUACAGCAACAAGGAAAUGCAGUUUCUUCCAUGGGUGAACUCUUCACGGAGCACUAAUUGGACUCUUACAAUGAUUCGUUCCCAGUCUGAGUGGCUGCUCAUCAACAUGACCAUCACCAACAAAACUGUCGACAAUUUUGAACUCAAGCAGAGCAUGUUGGUUUACACUAUCCACAUGAAAAGGCGCUCUGUCCUCUACGUUGUCAACUUCUUGCUGCCCAUCCUGUUCUUCUUGGGUCUGGACUUGGUCUCCUUCCUAAUCUCAGACAGCAGCGGUGAGAAGCUGGGCUUCAAGGUCACUGUGCUGCUUGCUGUAACUGUGAUGCAACUUAUUCUGAAUGAAAUCCUGCCUUCUUCUUCAGACAGGAUUCCACUUAUAGCGACCUACAUUGUUGGGAUUUUUGGUUUGAUGAUGCUCAGCCUCAUGGAGACAAUUUUGGUGAUGUACCUGUUGGAGAAAGACUCCAAAGAAAAUGAGCCAAAUGGAGACCAAAACCUGAGUGAGGACUGUGGAGACAAACAAGGCAAAAUCAGCCUUGAUAACUGUUUCAGGGGCAUAAAUACAUGGAUUCACUCUGCCUGUGUCUGUGAUGUGUCUGCUGGUAAAACACCACCUGAAGUGCUGCCAUUGCCCCAAGAGUUAUUAAGUCAUCAGGGAAGCAGCAGCCAGGUGAUGGAGGAGUCCAAUGACUCCAAGUUGGGGGAGUUGGUGAAACCGCCGUCUCUGCUCCUCAACAGCAAGAAGGAAGAAGCAAAGCCUGCUGGCUACUGGAGGAGAGUGUGUAAAAGAAUCAACACAGUUUUCUUCAUUUUCUAUAUCAUAGCUGCCAGUGUGUUUUUAGUCUAUAUUGCUGUCUGUUGGAAUGAAGACUAGUGCUAAAAAAUGGCACAUCAAGAGGGUGUUGGUUUUACUCUGAACCCACAGGGGAAUAUCAAAACAAAAUGUCUUCAGAUGAGUAACAAUGUGUCACCCUGCAGCUCAAUGUGAAGCUGUUGUGAUUAUAAAGUCUCUGCCCCGAACUUUGGUGUCUGAACUUACGUCACUAACCAAACAUGUUGCGCUCACUCCAGCCAGUCCAAGUACACAUCCCUCAUAAUCCCAAAUAAUAAAACUUGUAGACUUGUAUGUCUUUGCUAUGUGGUAAUCAUAAUCAUUUUAGGAAUCCACCAAUACACAUAUUAAAUAAAAAAUGAAUCUUGCAGGUGUAAACAAAAUUGCAUGUUGACCUACUUAAGUAUGUAUUUACUGUUUGAUAUGGGCAAUCUUUAUAAUCCACCAAAAAGCAUGUUAACAUAUAAAACUUAAAGUUAAUAAGGUCAUAAUAUGCUCAGUUCAGGUUCGUACUUUUCUUUGGGGGGUCCUAAUAGAAUAGAAAAAAAAACAUAAUUUUUCUCAUAUGGUGCUUUGCUGCAGAAUCCCUUUUCCCACUGUGUCUUGAAUGCUCCAUUUUAGCUGCUGAGUGACACAUCUUACCUGUUUAAUCUUUGUAAGAGCUGCACAAGCACAUUAGUUAACGGGCAGAUGUAGCCAAUCAGAGGCAGAGAAGAGCAGGUCAUGUCGAGCGAGGUAGUGUGAUCUAAAAUAACGCCGCUACAGCAGUUGCAACUGUAUGUCUGCUGACCGACUGGAGGAUGUUGUUACAUAGUGACACACGUAAGUUACAGAAGUAAAGGCUCGACUCUAAACUGGGCGUUCCAGGCAGUGCAGGAGAAGUGUUUUCUUUUGGAGAGAGUGACUUCCUUUUGUGUGGACUUAGAAACUUUUUCACUCUCCAGACCUUUUACAUGCACAAAAAUGUUACAUAACAAAAUAAAGGAAAGGCAAAAACCUAAAAAGCAUAAUACGACCUCUAUGACCUCUCAGCAAAAGCUAUCAUAACUUUUUUGACCUCGUACAGUAUAAAUCAAGCCACCUAGUUUGUGAAACAGGUUAAAAGGUUGUAGUCUACAAGUCAGGCUAAGAUAAUAGGUGAUGCACUGGAGUAAUGUAUAAUAUGAGAAGAAAAAAUGACUUUGAUAUGUACAAAUUGUUCAACUGACCCUUCAACAAUCCUGAAACACAUCUAUUCUAUGCUGAAAGUAUUAUACAUAUUUUUGUAUAUGUAUUUAACAAUAUCAUUAUGCAUUUCUGUUCUGUUCACGUUUGCAUUUUUCAACUUAAUGUGUUAAUAUUCACCUAAAAGUCCUAAUAUGUGAUUUCUAUACUGGCUCUGAGGAGAUGUUUGAGACCCCUUUUAAUCCUGAAUGAACAAUAAAAACAAA